UUUAUCCUUAGCAAGUGUAAUCAAUAUUUUUAAAAAAAGUUUUAUGCAUUUUCUGAAUUUUAGAAUCUUUGUCAAGGAACCAUGGAGGUCACAAAUGGACUUCUAUCUAACUUAGUACAGACCAAAUCAAUUGAGAGGGUAUUGGCGCCAAUAGCUUCACAGGUUUCCUUGUUGAUUAUACUGGAUGAGUCGGAGAAUGGUGUGGGGAAGCCAGAUCACAUGGGUCCCUGUGCUCAGGCCGUUAUGAAAGCUGCAGAACACCUCAUUAAGAUUGGAAAAGAGAGAGCAAACAACUCUCCUGACCAGGAUUACCAGAGACAGAUGAUGAGUGCUUGUGAGAUUUUGGAUUUAGCCAGUAGUGGUUUAUACAUAGCCUCCCAGAGGCUUGGGGAUGAUUCAUCUAAAGAAAUUCGUACAAAAGUCAUUAGUGCAGCUAAAGAUGUUUUACAAGGAACAAUGAAGGUCUUGCUUGUGUCUGAUGAUGCAGAGGUCAGAAAAAUUGUCAGUGCUGGUCGCUUGGUCGUUGAUUGCCUCACCAGACUUAGUACAAUUAGUCGCAUGCCUGAUUUACUGUCUAAUUUCAAGAGCUUCACUGAUGGUACAACACUGCUGUGCUCGCUGGCCCAGAAACGUCAGAUGGAAUUAUGUCAGAAUCAUCAAAGGGAGAGAAUAAUAACAGCUCUCAAUCUACUGAAAAAAUCUAUUCCUUCAAUGAGUGUGGCACUUCAGAGUUAUAUCAAGUACCCCAAAAAUCAACAAGCACAGAUGAGUAAAUCCUUUGUGAUUAACCAGACUCAGUCAGCUGUGUCAGACAUUAUGGAGGCUGUAGAAAACAAAUUCACUGACGAGGAUUUCCUGGACGUAGAGGAACCAGGCUACUUUGUCACCAAGAUUGACCAGGUGUUAGAGGCGCUGUCUGUGGAGAAGCGCGGUGAUCUGGAUGAUGAUCUGGAGACUUGGACAGAGAACCUGGUCCGCCACAGUAUGCUGGUGGCUCACCUGUGUCUGGACUACUACAGGAAUAUCAUCGUCAAGACCUGCCAGAGGGUCUUGCAGUUGAAAAGCAGAGUUCUUCAGCUUCACAAUGCAAUGAAAAAUAAUCCUGAGCUGCCUGCAAUUGGGGAGGAUUAUGAUGAAUGCUGUGAGAACUACAUUGAUGAAUUCUGUGAACUAGAAAAGGAUGUGAACCUGGCCUUACUGAACCUGGUGGUAGACAUCUUCAAAGAAACCACAGAACCACUGGAGAGACUGGUGAAAGCUGCCAUGUAUUCUACACAGGAAAAGGGAUUUGAGCAGCAUAUGAAAGAAUUGGUAACAGAAUUCCAGACACAUGCAGAUAAAAUGAGACAGAUAGCCACAUUUGCUGCUGCCAGCUCCACAGAUGCACAACGUGUUAGAACCAUUCGCCGAUGUGUGUGUCACCUAGAGAGACUUGACCCAGAUAUUGUGCCUGCAGUUGUUGCCAUGGCAAAGAAAUCUCAGGACAAGAUGGCUGUAAGGCAUGUCAAAUUAUUGAUGAAGGAGUGGACAUUUGAAUUGACAUCCCUGAUGCAGGUUCUGGAUGAAAUGACUGACCCAAGUAUAUUUAUGCAAGUCUCAGAGUCUAGAAUAAAGGAGGAUAUUUCCCUCUGCCGUGGGUUUCUGACUGAGGAAGAUGACCUUGGUCUGGGGUCGGCAGUGAAGUCUCUGAUUGGUGGAGCCAGAAGGGUGUGUCAGAUGGCAGAAAGAAUCAUUAGUGGACAUAAGGACCCACUGUACAGGAAUGGAUUGUUGGUGUUUGUCAAGCAACUGCAGAAAG